AUGGCGGUCACCCAGGAAGCCAAGGACAAGGUCAGGCCGGUGCUCGACUACCGUGAACUGAAUGAGCACCUGGUGGCUCAUACGGCUGAAGCUGAUGUGUGCCGCGACCAGCUCCGCAAGUGGCGGCAACACGGCGACGAUGUGGCUGUCAUCGACCUGAAGAAGGCGUUUCUGCAGCUGCACGUGGCCCAGGAGCUGUGGCCGUUUCAGACGGUAAUCGUGGACGGCCAGCGACAUUGUCUGACAAGGGUCGGAUUUGGUCUCAGCGUUGCAAGCGGCAUCAUGCGAGCGGUAGUGCGGGAAGUUUUGGAUCAAAGUCCAGAGAUCGCAAAAGCAGUGCUCCCGUACGCUGACGACCUGCUCGUCAACGAGACGCUCAUCUCUGCUGAGCGGGUGGCCGAACAUUUUGCCGCAUACGGGCUCUCGUGUAAGCCACCGGAACGGGUAGCGGAUGAGGCCGGAGCCCGGAUGCUGGGGCUCCGAGUGAGACGGCAGUCUGGCGGUGACGGCACACUGAGAUGGUCUCGGGACGGCGUGACACCAGCUGAGCCACCCGGGGUGCUGACCAGGCGGUCAAUCUUCGCCUGGGCGGGUCAGCUAACAUCACACGUGCCCGUCGCCGGGUGGCUGCGGCCGGCCGCCGCCUGGCUGAAAAGGGCGGCGAACAAGGUCACCAAAGAUUGGGACUCACCGAUCACCGACGAUGACCUGCGCAAACAAGUCAGUGAUGUGGCCCGGCGGCUGGCAGAGUGUGACCCGGCACGAGGACAGUGGUGCGUCUCAGGAGACUCGGUGACGGUGUGGACUGAUGCCAGCUCCAUCGCCCGCGGCGUAGUGCUAAGUGACCCCACCACGGGUGAGGUUAUCGAAGACGCCGCGUGGCUCCGAUCUGACAGUGACUCAGACAUGCACAUAAACCUAUCGGAGCUGGAUGCCGCGCUGAACGGUAUGAAUAUGGCGGUGGCGUGGGGAUUCAAGCGUGUGAUCCUCCGCACAGACUCUGUCACUGUUCAGCGCUGGCUGACCGACGCUCUGACAGGCCGUGCCCGACUGAGAACGAAGGCACAGUCGGAAAUGCUGGUUCGGCGGCGGGUGGCCGUUUUCAAGCAGCUCUCCAGCGAGUACGACCUCGUCGUGACAGUGGAGCUCGUGCCGUCGGCUGCCAACCGUGCAGACGAACUCACGAGAGUACCAAAAGAGUGGAUCAGAACCGGAAGCGAGCAGGCGACAGGUGUGGUGGCGGCCGUCAGGACAGCUCGACCUGAGGACAUAAUGGCGGUGCAUGAAAGUGUGGGACACCAGGGAGUGCGGCGGACGUGGUGGUAUGCGCGCCGAGAGCUGGGAAAGAGCGUGACGAAGUCGGCCGUUCGUCAGAUCGUUAGAUCGUGCCAGGUGUGUGCGUCGAUCGACCCAGCCCCGUCGCGCUGGAAGCAUGGUGCCUUGGCGGUCGAGCGCAACUGGGAGCGGCUGGCAAUGGACGUAACCCAUUUCCGCGGAAAACACUAUCUCACCGUGAUUGACUGUGGGCCGUCGCGAUACGCCAUGUGGCGUGAGAUCCGCCGCUCUGACGGGAGCGAGAUCGUCAGACAACUCGAGGCUCUGUUUUUGGAGCGAGGAGCACCGGCCGAGCUUCUAAUGGAUAAUGCGACCGAAUUCAAGGGUCGCGAGCUGAAGGCGUUCGCGGUGCGGUGGGACGUCGAGCUGAGGUAUCGCGCGGCCUAUGAACCUGGUGGGAAUGGCAUCAUCGAGCGCCACCACCGCACCAUCAAAGUGAUGGCCGCCCGUCAGGGAUGCACCGUACCAGAAGCCGUGCACCGAUAUAAUGUCACGCUCAAGGACGGGCGUGAUAUUACCACGGCCCUGAUACAUGGUGCCUACCGUCAGGCUGGCAGAGACUUGUGCGUGCAGUCACAGGGAAACACAGCUGCUCCUCCUCAGACGGCCGGCCAGCCUGGUGUGUUUCAGCCCGGUGAUGCGGUGUGGGUCCGAAAACGGGGCGAUCGGUGCACCGCCGUGUCAAAGGAGGGCACUGUCACCAAAGUCGUAUCCGCUCAGACGAUUGAAGUGGAUGGAGUCCCAUGGCACGUGCGGAACAUUCGUCAUCGUCUUGCCAACAACGGUGACGACGCAAUGGCUGCUUCGACGGAUGAUGAGCAGGAAGAGGAGAUCGCCUGUCCGGUUCCGACCGCCCAUGUGCCUGGACAGCUGGCCAUUGAGGCGCCGGCGGCGGUGGAGCCGUUCUGGAGCCAGUGGGACACGUCGGUGUGCGCCGGCGACGUGUGCUGGUCCCAGCUGCUGCUGCCGCUCACAGAAGCCGCCGAUGGGGAGCUGCUCUCCGUCCGGCUGCAGGCGACGCUGCUGCUGCUGGGGCUGCUGGUCGCCACCGCCGUCUUCACCAGGCACCUCUGGUAG